CUCGGAGGCGAAAUCGCCGUCAAAAUCGACAUUGUCUGAUGAAGUCUCCAGUAUAGGCACAUGAACCGCCAUGCAUUUUCCUUGACUCUUUUGGGCGACUUGUUCAAAUCCAUCGCCUCGUUUGAUGCCAUACGCACGUGCUGGAUACGACACGGCCAAGCAAGAGUUCCAUUGCAACAGAGCAAUGCAGCAAGUCUCGGGGUCGGAAAAUCCCAGACGAAUCCGUUCGCACUGGGCAUAAAAGCAGUCCAGAUCCAGCAGCAAGACGACACGGUCGCCAUCAUCCCGUUGGGAAUACUGUCGCUGCUGAUGAUGACUGGCAGCAGCAGAGGGGGGACCUAAUAGGGAGGUUGACAUUCUGGUAAUGGUGUCAUGGUCAAGGGAAGGAAUGAAGUUUGGAGUUUGGCUUUUGGCUUUAUUGAAGGAGGAUAUGCUAUGAUAACAAGCGGACUAAGCUGGGAACACCUGAAAGACGAAGGAUGGGGUGGCUGGCUCGUGGGAUCCAUCAUUUCUCAUCGCUCGUUCCUGUCUUUCACCUUCCACGAUGCAAGGCAAAACCUACCCAUGAAAUCCAUCAAGAAGUACCCUUCAAAACGGAGCAAAGAGGAGCGUUGCAUUGGAUACUAAUCUUUCGAAAACAAACUGUGGGCAGCUAGCUAGCUCCGACCUUUGUUCCGUUCAUAAAAUCAGGUUCAUUGCAUUCUUCAUCAAUUAUUCAAAUCCACCAGCCAACCACUCUUCACAAUGGACCGUCGUGAUAUUAUGCAACACAUCAUCAAUGCACCUGAUAGUAUGGGCAUUGCUGCCAAUCAAGAUGGGGACAACCAUGAUGACCAUUCCACAUCAAAUAAUUCUAUCCCUCGUCUGAUCGAUCGUCCACUUUCGCAUGGCUUGCAUGACUGGAGUGAUGCUGAGUCGGAUGAUCCAAAUGACAACAACAAUGAUGAUGACAAUUCAUCCAAAUCAUUUUCUUCUAUACCUGCUCUGGAAAGCAACAAUGAGUGGGUGGGAAAUGGCGGGGCCAUUCAUGACCACGAUGACAACGACGACGUUCCUCCGUUGCUACUAGUUGAUCGUUCGGCAUGGCAUGACGAUGACUCAGACGAUGAUGAUGAAGAUGACGUUCCUCCGUUGUUAGAUCGUCCGGCAUGGCAUGACGAUGACGAUGACUCGGAUGGUGAUGACGAUGACGAUGAAGACAUUUUGGAUUUGGUAAACGUGGCUCGCUAUGUGGUCCUCGUUGAGGUGGAAGACCCAGCUCUCGUUUACCAAAGCAUUUAUGACGCUCUACGCGAACGUGAGUUGGUGGAUUUCCGAGAAUUCUGCAAUGGGCUACGUCAAAACGAACUGGUCGAUGUUAACCUACAGCCUUUCGUGGCAGCCAUGAUACAAGAUCCGCGGGAGGCGGAAGCGUUUGCCGCCGCGACUCAAGGCAAUACAAGCGUCAAGCGUCUGGAUGUCCAGUGUGUCUUUCAUCUCCUUGGUCCCGGGGACCCUGAUGAAGAGCUCGAUCGACGCUGGCGAAUCAUUGGACAAGCCAUUGGCAACCUGCAAGGUUUGCAAACUUUGAAAGUGGAAGGUCAUAGACCCGAUGUGAAGGCCUUGCGAGAAAUUUUUGAGGGUGCCAAACAGGUUGAAAAGGUAGUCUUCUCCAUGGAUCUCUUGGAUGGAUAUAAUUGGACCAUUUUGGAUGCAUUGGAGGGACACCCAGACUUGAAGGAGAUUGAAGUUUGCUCCGCUGUCGACCCAGGGCCCAUGGAAACCCUUUGCGAAGUGCUCACUACGGUUCCCAACUUGAACUGCAUUCGCCUGUUGAAUUGCCUUGACCAUCCAAGUCGUGUACUCCCACACACCUUCUUUGCUCUCUUGGGCAGAGGUGUGCGAGAAAUGGCCUUGCAACGUUGUGCCUUCUCGGUCGAGCAAUGUCAGAUGUUGGCAUCCUAUCUUUCCAACGCGGAAGAUGAAUGUGCCAUCGAAACACUGGACUUUCAGUACUCGCGAUUCGAAGCAGGGGGGCUGAUCGCCGCAGCGUUGGGGCGCAACCAACACGUACGAAAGCUGGUUCUAAGCGAUGACGGAUUGGAUGAAGAAACCUGUGCAAGAUUGGCAGAAUCUCUGCUCGUGAAUACGACGAUUACAAGUCUGCAUAUUGAAACUGAGGACUUUGAUUUGGCACCAGAAGUAAUUGACGAUGACGGCACUCCGGAAGACGAUGACAACGGAGGAUUCGAUACGGCAUGGCUGAAGCCAAUCUUUGCAGCUCUGAAAUCCAACUUGACUCUCGAGACACUUAGUGUUGGACAAUUGUGCGAUUGGGACGAUGAAACCGGGGACGAGUUCCGAGCUCUAUUGGAGUCGCCCACAACCGGAAUCCAAUCUUUGCUUCUCCAUUCUUCAUACUAUGACGAUGUCGAUGAACGCUCAAAGUCUUGGCUUCGUAUCGCCCCCGCUCUGCGAGUCAAUCGUUCCCUCAAGAGCUUGCGACUUUUGUCUGAUGUGGGACAGGCAGGGGCCGUGCAGACGGCUAGAGCCCUGUCAGGCAACUCUACACUUCAAACACUCGAAGUCUGGACUUGCGAUAAGGAAAGCUGUUGCAACGAGCACAAUCACAACCACGAAGACGACUGUGUAAUUGCACAGUCCAUCGAGGAACUCGGUGGGAACACAACCUUGCAAGCAUUAUGCAUUGACACCUGCCCAACCCAGCACAGCAAGGGUAUCAGUGAAGAAGGAUGCAGGCGACUUAGUGCCGCCCUCAAGACGAACAUGGGUAUCGAGGAUCUGGGUGUGGCAUUGGAUCGCGUAGCAUUCUUCAAGCCCACAAUCGAAAGCAUUGCCCGUCUGAAUGCGGUUGGGCGAAAGUACUUGAAAGCGCACGCUUUCGAUCAGGCCAAGGGAGUCCAGGUGCUAAGCAAAGUCAAUGACAGCUUGGAUUGCAUCUUUCUCCAUCUGCAGGAGAAUCCAUCAUUGUGCGGUUGAUGUCGUUGAUUGACUGCGGCACUUGGACAUUCCCCGAACCAGAGAGCUUUGUACGGGUUGGGUACCGUAUGACACCGAAAGCGCCAACAUGCUGGCUUAGAAGUAACAGAACUAUAAGCUUUCAUAGUUAUACAC